AUGGACCACCGGUCACCCCCAACCAUCCCCCUUUAAAAUCGCAAAACAAAUCCUCACCGUUCAAAGAAUCCACCCAUUCUCUCAUCAUCACCAUCAUCAUUUCACCAGAAACUACCAAAAACCAGAAAACGAACGCUCACAACCAACAAAUACGAAUUAUUUCUCUCGCGCUCUCUCUCUAAAAAGACAGAUCAAGAGUUUUUUUUAUUUCCUUUUUAGUUAUGAGGAGAAAGUGUAGAAAAAUUGGAGAAAUCGCAGUUAUGGAGCUCUCUGACAUCGGACUUCGAUCACGAGCCAUGGCGGCGGCCACAGGAACAGUUCAGAAGAAACGCAGAAGAUUAAAUGGCGACGGAGAUGCUGAAUUCAAAGCAACGUCUUCAAGGGCCUCAACGACGUCGUAUAUUCAGUUACGAAGCCGGAGAAUUUUGGUGGAUCAUCAUCGGCUCAAUGAAAAUCGAUGUUUGAGCCCUAACUUGGAUCAUGAUGAUGACGUGUCGUGCUGUUCAAGCAAUAUCGGAUCAAGCGAGAAAAGGAUUAUCCAAUUGCCAGAUCUGGAGGAUGAAAGCAUGGAAGUUGAAACAUCCACUCAUUUAAACUUCAGAGAAAGCAGGAGAGAAACGACACCGUCGAGUGAGUUCCGAGCUGAACCAGAAGAACUGGAUUCAACGUCGCGGCAAUCAGAGGCGAACUCUUGCAGUAGAUCAACGGCGGAGAAGAUGCCAACCGAAGCUGAACUUGAAGAAUUCUUUGCUGCUGCUGAGAAAAAAGUUAAAGAACAGUUCGCGGAAAAGUAUAACUACGAUAUCGUCAAGGACGAACCGUUGAAAGGACGUUACCAGUGGGUUCGAUUAAAUCCAUGAAAGAAAAACGCCAAAAUCAAGCCAGAAAUAGGAAAAGAAAAAACAAGGAACACAUUUUUAGAAGAAAACCAAAAGAGCAACCAGGCGAUAUCUCAUAGGUACUACUGAUUUAAAAUUUUACAAAAUUUUAGGGUUUCUAUUUUAUGUACAGAAUGAGACAAUGAUUAAUAACGGAGAAGAAAGAAGAAGAGAUAAGCUCUUAA